CUGACUGCUACCUCUGCGCGAUGAAGUUUGGAGCGGCGCCGACAAAGCGAUACUGACAGACGUGGCUGGAAAUGACUAUUUUUUUUGCAGAACACUUUCUGUGAGUAAAUGUAUUUAACCAAUUACGAGUUUGGCGCAAAUUAUAUUCUCCGAAAUUGGACUAAUGGACAAUCCUGCUACUGGCUGUCUAAUCUGAAAUUGGCCGCAUAUGUUCCUAAAACGACUCGCCAUUAUGAUCCUUUCACUCUGGUGCAAGUAAAACUUGUAUUUCUCACGCAUCGCAAGACAGGGAAAGAUACCUCACAACAAGACGGUUUGCAAUAUAAACGUUUGGAACGGGAUGUUUUAUCCCUCUGAAGUCAUAUUCUACAUCGAAAUGGAUCAGGCACCUCCAGCUCUCCCUCCCAGGUCAGCCAAACCCAUUACCUCCUUCAUGAACGACAACUGCCUAAGGGAAGCCCCAGUAUAUCCCCUGCAGGAUGCCGAGUGGUACUGGGGAGACAUUUCCAGGGAGGAAGUCAACGAGAAGCUCCGCGACACACCUGAUGGUUCCUUCCUGGUUCGUGACGCUUCCACUAAGACACAAGGAGACUUCACGCUAACGCUGAGAAAAGACGGGCACAGCAAGCUGAUUAAGAUAUACCACCGUGAGGGGAAGUAUGGCUUUUCAGAGCCCCUGACCUUCUGCUCUGUAGUGGAGCUCAUCUGGCACUACCAGCACCAUCCUCUGGUGGAAUACAACGCUGUACUGGAUGUCAUGCUCACACACCCCGUGUCCCGCUUCCAACAGGAUGAGCAGGUGAAAGUGGACAGUGUUGAUGUGGCCGGGAGGAAGCUACAGGAGUACCACAGUCAGUACCAGGAGAAGAGUCAACAGUUUGACUGUCUGUACGAGGCCUACACUAAAACCUCACAGGAGAUCCAGAUGAAGAGAACUGCGAUAGAGGCCUUUAACGAGACCAUGCUGAUCUUCGAGGAGCAGUGUCUCGAGCAGGAGCGUUAUGGGGAGGAGUGUGAGAGGAGCAUUCGAUCUAAGGGAACAGAGAAGGACUUGGAGAGAUUCCUGAUGAACUAUGAGAAGCUAAAGUCUCGGCUGGGGGAGAUCUAUGACAGUAAGGUCCAUCUGGAACAGGACCUGAGGACCCAGGUCCAGGACUACAGAGAGACAGACAGGAGGAUCAACAGUCUCAGGCCUGACCUCAUAGAGCUACGCAACAUCAGAGACGAGUACCUAAAUUGGCUGAAUCACGAAGGUGUGCAACAGAAACGCAUUAACGAUUGGCUGGGGUUCCAAGACAAUAGCAGUGACAACACCUACGUGUUGAAGGGCGAGAGUGAGAGACUGGCACACCAUGACGAGGGGAGCUGGUUCGUGGGCGAGCUAAGCAGGACGCAGGCUGAGGAGAUGCUGAUGGACAAACCCACCGGAACCUUCCUGAUCCGCGAGAGCAGCAAGCAGGGUUGCUACGCCUGCUCCGUAGUUGUUAAUGUAGAAGUGAAGCAUUGCAUGAUUUAUAGCACGCCACGUGGCUAUGGCUUCGCUGAGCCCUACGACCUCCACUGCUCUCUGAAGGAGCUCGUUCUGCACUACCGCCUCAACUCCCUUGCACAGCACAACCAGGCUCUGGACGUCCGGCUGGAGCACCCUGUCCACGUCACUCCUGUCUCGUCAGCCUUGGCACACACAGCCACAGAGGACUGCCUGCUACAACAGACGGAGGAACACCACCUUCUACAGACUCAAACUAAACUACCUGCUGGACUCCCUGCAGCCGCUCCGGAGAUGUAGAUUAGUCAGCUGUGGGGCGUGUUUGCGUACUGUAGCAUCCUACAAGGAUUACUUUAGGGUGGACGUGUUUGCGUACUGUAGCUAUCCUACGAGGACUACUGGAGGACGGACGUGUUUGCGUACUGCAGCUAUCCUACGAGGACUACUUUAGGGUGGACAUGUUUGCGUACUGUAGCUAUCCUACGAGGACUACUUGAGGGCAGACGUGUUUGCGUACUGUAGCUAUCCUACGAGGACUACUGGAGGACGGACGUGUUUGCGUACUGUAGCUAUCCUACGAGGACUACUUGAGGGCGGAUGUGUUUGCGUGCUGAAGCAACUUGAGGGCAGACGUGCUUGCGUACUGAAGCUAUCCUACGAGGACAACUUGAGGGUGUUCUUUUCUCGAAGAAGAAUGUGUGAAAUUUGCACUAGGAUGAUUCCAACGGAUUGGUGAAUGUAAUUUCACUUAAUUGGAACUUUGACCGGAACUUGAAUGUCAGCUAGGACUUUGUUUUUUUAUAAGAUUCUGUUUGCUAUUUGUUUUUUUGUACCCAUUUUUCACCUUUUCUUUCAUGGGAUUUUAUUUGUUUUAGUGGGCCUGGUCAUCCGGGAGAUGACUGACUACAUAUACUACGUCACAAUAUGUCAGGUGCUGUUUUUUAUUUGGACUUCUAGGGUCCCAUUUUGACAACACAAGUACUGGUGCUAAUGUAAAAUGAGACUGUAAUGCACCCAAUACCUUGGAAUUUAGAAUUUAUUUCAAAACAUUUUAAUUGUUGUGAUGUCCAUGCACAGAAGAUCAUAAAAGUGGAUUUAGAAUAUAAUGGUACAGAAAAACAAGAUGGCUAACUCAGUGGCGUAGCUAGCUGUGGUAUACAUACCAAACAUGUUCUGGGUAUUUCAGUACAUAGUCAUGCAAAUAUAGGAACUGAUGUGGCGCAUCUUGACAAUAGCGCAGUUUUUUUUUUUUUUGACAAAAUAUAACCCAGUUACCAGUUGAUAUGUACUGUAUGUAGCAUAAACAAUUUUCUGGAUAUCCUUAGAAUGACAUUUUCCAUAUUGUAUCCAAUAACCAAAGCACUUGCUAUUAGUGAUAAAGUAUAUAUUCCGACCAGAAAAUUACAUUUAUGGUGAUGGCGGAAAACACACCACACGUGCUUGAUCAAAACAUAAAUUGAAGUACUGUAUAUUAUAUUCUGUUAUUCAAAGUAUAAGCUUUUUGUAUUUUUUGAUAUUAUAUAUUUUCUGAAAUAUGCCACAGAAGAUGAAAGCUUGAGGAAAGUGCAAUCCAACAGUAUUUGUAAUUUUAGAAAUUCAUUAUUAUAAUUAUGGGGGGUCAUCAGCUUUUGCCACAGAAAUGCACUAACUUUUAAUUGGUGGCGUUAUUCAUCUGAUGACGUGACCUUUUAAGAACAUUGUGUGAACUGCCAGAGAUGCGGAAGUGUACAUUCUGUCUCUAUUACUUGAACUGUGGCAUUGCUCAAUAAGAGCGAUUAAUAUUUCCUCAUGACAUGUAGGCCUACAUAGCUUAAGAGGAAAAUAAUACAUUUUGCUCUUGGCACAUAUGUCAAGUUUGAGGACAAAAGACACUCUGUAUUGAGAUACUGUAAAACGUUUGUGGUUGGUUUGAUGGAGGGUGUUUUAGUCAUUCUUAAAAACUAGACAGGAGCAUUGAGGAAACUCCUGGGGCGACUUUAAGCAAUGUGAGAUUCUCUUUUUUCUUGCUGAAGACAAUAAACUGAUGAGGGUUUUGUUGAA